GUAUUCGAGAUCCUAUUAAGGCACCAGACUGAAACAUAAUCGAUAAAAUGGAACGCUCCGUGAAGUCAGAGGAAAACAAUGGGCUAGAAAAUAUCUUCUCGCUUUUUGCCAAUGAAUCAACCGGAGAGAUAGGAGUUGAUGACGUCAACAGAGCAUUGAGGUCAUGUGGAUUCUUACCAACAGAAGAAGAAAUUAUAGACAUGAUCCAUGAAGUUACGGGAAAUAAAGAGAAAACUUCCCUGACCUACUCAGACUUUUUAUCACUUAUGAAGGAGGAGGAUUCCGAGCCCGACCUGAAAGACAUGUUCAAGGUUUUCGACAAGCAUAACAGGGGAACCAUCAGUGCAUCGGAUCUACAGGAGGUCUUGGUCGAUUUCGGAAUCAAAGCGAACGACCGCGACGUCGACGAGAUGAUCGAAGAGGUCGAUGAAGAUCUGAACGGACACAUCACGUAUUCAGAAUUCGAGAGGAUCGUGACAUCCCCAUGAAACGUUCUUUACAUUCAAGUGAAAU